AGCUCAAGCUUAAAUAAACAAAAAGAAAAUGAUAGUUUGGAUGACUAUCACAUGCGUGGCCUUCUGGCACCUUCUGUGUUUGUAUAGACAUCUCUUCCUUCAAACCAUUUGACGAUAUAUUCGAGGUUUUCUUCUGGGUCAUGCAGAUUUUCGUGUUUUAUGGAAAUCUUAGAUUGACUAUUGGCUUACUGGGUAUCAGGGAUUCCUUUAGUUGAAGAAAUCUUAAAUGGAAAUCUCGUCAAACUGUAAGCCAUGAAAAUCCUCAGCUGCUAUCUCAAUUCCAUAGCGUCCAAAUGCAUUUUCUUAGCUGCCAUUGCUCUGUUCAUCAGAGCCAUUUUCCUUGCCACCUUCUCUUCUUCCUUUGGCGCGUCGUCUGAAGAAAACGACGCCGUUUUCAUCCACAACCGUUCCUUGUCACUAUCCAAUGAAUCUCCAAUCAGAAACGACAAGUUUCUCGAGGUUCCUCAAAUCGUGUGGGGUUUGAACAAUCAGAAGAUAGCAUUUGCGAGGUCUUGUCUCACUGCAAGAUUUCUUAACAGGACUCUUCUAAUGCCUAGCUUAAGCGCUUCUCUUUUCUACAAAGAAAUAGAUCUUUUGGAACCAAUUUCAUUUGACAAAGUUUUUAAGUUUGAUAGCUUUAAUUCGAUCUGUAAUGGGUUUGUUCAACUGGGCAAGUACUCCGAUCUCAUGAACCGGACCGAAGUUUUCGAGAUGCCAAAGGGAAGUGGAAGGAGAUGGACAAAGGAGAGAGAUUUAGAUCAACUAGAACAGCACAAAAAGGACCCAAUUGAUGAACAUCAAGUGAUAAGAAUUGUUGGGAAGAACCCUUUUCUUUGGCAUGAUCAUUGGCCUGUUAAGGACUACGCAAAGGUGUUUGAGUGCUUGGUUUUGGUGGAUGAGAUAAUGGCUGAAGCAGAUAAGGUUGUGUCUAGAAUCAAAGAGAUUGGAGCUGAGGAAAGUUUUAAACUUGAGUCUGGGAAAAACAGUCUCAAUCCCAAUACUUUCCCUUAUAUUGCUGUUCACAUGAGAGUGGAGAAAGACUGGAUGAUUCACUGCAAGAAUUUGGAGAGGAAAUUAAACAUAACCCAGAUUUGUGGUAGCAAGAAAGAGAUCAUGGAAAGAGGGGGAAACAUUGUUGGGCUUGAAAAACAAAGCCCAACUGUUGUUUAUCUAGCUGUGGCAGAUAAACUGCUUGAAGACUCUUCAAUAUUGAGCGGUUGGAAAGAAAAUCUGAUUCCCUUUGAGAAAAAGAAGUUGGGUGUUGAUGGGGUUUACAAGAAGUACCCAUAUUUGAUCCAGUCUGCAAUUGACUAUGAAGUGUGCUUGAGAGCAGAUGUGUUUGUGGGCAAUAGUUUUUCAACAUUUUCAAGCCUCCUUGUACUUGAUAGGACACAGAAGAUGUUGAGAUUGGGCUUCACAAGCUUUUGCGAAGCAAAAGAUGUGACAUGGCCUUCUUAUGCAUAUAAUGUGUUGGGGGAAUCGAAGGGCCCUAAGAAAUGGAUGACAAACAUGUCUGAUUCAAGCCUCAGAGCAGUUAGCUAUGGCUCCAAGGACAUUUCCUGUUGAGGACUUUUUUCUCCCCGUUUUGCAUAAACUUGUUGGUAUAGGUACUACAUGUUCUUCUUCUUCUCCUCCUUUCUUUUUUUUUUUUUGUGUAAAAGAAAUUUUGUACAUAGAGCUUCAAGAUUUAGAAGUUUAAUACCUGAUUAGGCAUAGUUGAUUCAUUGGUUUUUUUGU